GCACCUUUCCUCGCUGGGCAACCCCCCCUGGUAUUUUUCCACCUUUCGGGGCAUAUGAGUCAAUGCUGAUUUUUUUAUUAUUAUUAUUUUUUACCGACUAUGUGACGUUACGUUGGGUUCAUAAGCCAGUGCGGCGCUGCGCUGUUUAUGUCGCGCGGGGAAACGUGUGGAAAGUUACCUUGAGUCCUGAUGCCGGAGCUCCACAGACAGAAGACCAUGAAGAGAAGCAGACACCCCAGCAGCAGCGAUGACUCGGAUAAUGGAAGUAAUUCUACCUGCUGGUCUCAGCACUCAUCGCAGCACCGGAGGGGAACCGGGCAGAAACCCUCAGAGGUUUUUAGGACAGACUUCAUCACAGCCAUGAAAUUACACGACUCGUACCAGCUGAAUCCAGAGGAUUACUAUGUCUUGGCUGAUCCGUGGAGGCAGGAGUGGGAGAAGGGUGUCCAGGUCCCGGUGAGCCCCCAGUCCAUUCCCCAGCCUGUGACCAGAGUUCUGGCGGAGAAGGGGAAGGAGGUGAUGUUCAUCAGGCCCAAGAAGCUGAUCCGAACGUCGGGCACGGAGGCGCUGGGCUACGUGGACAUCCGGACGCUGGCGGAGGGGAUGUGCCGCUACGACCUGAACGAAGAAGACGUGGCCUGGCUGCAAAUCACCAACGAGGAGUUUGCACAGAUGGCCAUGCCGCCGCUGGACGAGAACACCAUGGAGAGAGUCAUGGAGGAGUUUGAGCACUGCUGCCACGAGAACAUGACCCACGCCAUGGAGACGGAGGAGGGGCUGGGCAUCGAGUACGACGAGGACGUGGUGUGUGACGUUUGUCAGUCGCCGGACGGAGAGGACAACAACGAGAUGGUGUUCUGCGACAAGUGUAACAUCUGCGUUCACCAGGCGUGCUACGGCAUCCAGAAAGUCCCAAAAGGCAGCUGGCUGUGUCGGAUCUGUGCGCUCGGCAUCCUCCCAAAGUGCCAGGUGUGUCCUAAGAAGGGCGGAGCCAUGAAGCCGACCCGCAGCGGAACCAAGUGGGUUCAUGUCAGCUGUGCUUUGUGGAUCCCAGAGGUGAGCAUUGGGAAUCCAGAGAAGAUGGAGCCAAUCACCAAUGUGUCCCACAUUCCCAGCAACAGAUGGGCUCUGAUCUGCUGCCUGUGUAAGGAGAAGACCGGAGCCUGCAUCCAGUGCUCGGCAAAAAACUGCAGGACCGCCUUCCACGUGACCUGCGGCCUCCACGCCAACCUGGAAAUGAACACCAUCCUCACGGAGGACGACGAGGUGAAGUUCAAGUCGUACUGCCCCAAGCACUCCGGUUUCCAGGGCGACCCGGCGGAGGACGAGGGGAGGGAGGGCGCGCGGGACCGCAAGGGCCGGGCGAACAGCGACCAGGAGAAGAGGGUCAACCUCCGCAAGCUGAAGCUGCAGGAGAUGGAGGAGGAGUUCUACCAGUUCGUGGACGUGGAGGAGGUGGCCAACAGCCUGAAGGUGGCGCCGGAGGUGGUGGACUUUGUCUACCAGUACUGGAAGCUGAAACGCAAAGCCAACUUCAACCAGCAGCUGCUCACCCCCAAGAAGGACGAGGAGGAGAGCCUGGCCCGGCGGGAGCAGGAGGUGCUGCUGCGGCGCCUGCAGCUCUUCACACACCUCAGGCAGGACCUGGAGAGGGUGCGUAACCUGACCUACAUGGUGACCCGGAGGGAGAAGAUGAAGCGCUCGCUGUGUAAAGUCCAGGAGCAGAUAUUCCAGCAGCAGGUCCGCCUGCUGGACCACGAGCUGCUCAACGGUGAGCCCUCUGCUAAGGACCUGGAGAGGCUCUUCUCUCUGGGUUCCUUCUCCUCUGACGGCAGCCAGUCCGGCUCCUCCUGGAGUAACUCUGGUCUGAAGAGCAAGCGAAGUUCACUAAAGCAGGAAAGGAGGAAAAGCCUGUCGGACUCGCCAAGCGUUCACAGGAAGGACAAUGCGUGCAGCCUGCUGGACAUUAAAGAUGGCAAAAACUCCCAAAUCCAAGGGGCUGCGGCCACAGAGUCCAAAGGCGAUGCCAAAGUUCACCAGCUUGAAGUGAGCAAGGAGAAGCCUUUCCUAAAGCUCCAGAAAGUACUUCAGGAAGACGUCUCAGUCAAGUUGCACAAGCCCGAGAGCAGGAAGGGCCCCAGAAGAGAAACCCCGGGACCAGAGUAUGAAGUACCGGGGAGCCACAAGCAAGAUCCAGAGCCGGAGGAACGAGGGAGGAAGAGGAGGAGCGACGUUUCCGAGAGCGUCCCCUGCCAGCUGAAGAACAAGUUCAGCUCCAAGCAUCUGGAUAAAACCGUCUCCAUCCGGCUGGUCGACAUCAGGAACUCUGACUCCGACGAGUAUUUAUUUGACGACGCCACGACCAGAAGGAGCGGCGCUUCGCCGGACGCGGCCCCCAACACUAAGUUCAAACCCAGCUCGGUUUCAGACGCCUCCAAAGCCAACAGCUGGCUCAGAAAACCCGCCAACGGCAGCUCCCACGCCCCUAACGGCUCCGCAUCCGGACACCUGAAAGGCUGGGGGAAGUUCCGGAUCCCGAAGCGGGCCGACAAGCCUCCGAGCGCCACGCUGAGGGAGCGGGAAGAGCUGGAGCCGAGCAACCCGCUGCUCAGACCGCUCGCCAACGCGCCGGAGUCACCGUACCCCAGAACACGGCUCCGGUCGGGCCCAGAGGCCGACGGCUACAGCUCCGACUCCAAGGCGGCCGACAGCGAGCUGGAGCCCUGCCUCAAGCGGUGCCACUCCCACGAGCUGAGGGGCGACUCGUCGCUGGGGCGUCGCUACGGCUCUGACAUUAUCCGCCGCGGCGUGCUGGCAUCCUGAUGGAGCGCAUGAGCUAAUCAGAAACGAAUGACAGUCACUUUUUGUAUCUUUAUUUUGUCUAGAAAUCAUAAAAUGGCUAGAUGGAGGGAGGAAAAGAAAAAAAAUAGACAGAGCUGAUAUUUAUUUUUUAUUUGUACCAUAAUGUAAAACUGGGAAAUAUUUGACUUUAUUUUGAGCUAGUUAGUUUAUUUUUUAUUUUUAUUUUGUUUUUUUAGGUAGAACCUUGUCAAGUUGCCACUUAAAUCGCUUGCUCAGAUAUAUACAAGCAAACGCAUCGACUAGGAAGAUGUUGUGAUUGUUGCUUGGGACCAUAAGCUUGCAAUGUCAUUUGUGUUUAACAUAGUAUUAUUGAAGUCCACUGAGUCGCUUGUCGGUCCAGCUCCAACAUAUAAUCCUGAUCCUGUCAGCCAGUAGAACUCUGUAGGUCUUCAGUUUUUUUCCUUCUUUUAACCAGGAAUCAUCAAAUCUUCACAGCCAAAACCAGGAAGUCCAGUCGCCCCUUUUUCUUAAUACUUAGUCUCGCCAGACUGCAGGCGUCACGCCGCAUGAACUGGGAACCUACAGAGGAAAUCAAAGAAUGAUGUUUUACACGUCAUCAGCACUUAAGUGUAAUUGAACUGCGAUCGUAUCCAUCAUGUGCCUAACUUUUAUUUUGAAGCGUUUGCACUACGAGAGGAUGGCACAGGUGGGGGGGGGGGAGGGGGGAGGCACGAGAAGAGAUAUUUUUACACUGAAAAAUAAUGACAGAAGCAUUUUGUACCCUCGGCCGCUGCUGUACUACUGUUAUGCAAAAGGAGUUCUUGUGAGGGGGCUUGUUUUGAAGAGAAAAUAAAAAAUACUCUUAAAAAA